AGGCUCUCCCAGUCCCCUUCAGAAGCUGCUAGCCCACUGGGAACAUUUGGAUCCGUUCAGCUCCCGUGGAGAAGCGAGACCGGAUCACCGACGUGGGCAGAGGACUGCCGGGGGCCAGCAGAAAUUCUGCCCCUUCUUCCCGCGAGCGCUUUCCCGCCCUCCAAACCCCACUCCCAGGUGGCCAUGGCCUCAUCGCCCACUCGGGGCCCCAGGGUUUCUGACUUAUUUUCUGGGCUGCCGCCGGCGGUCACAACUCCCGCCAACCAGAGCGCAGAGGCCUCGGCGGGCAACGGGUCGGUGGCUGGCGCUGACGCUCCGGCCAUCACGCCCUUCCAGAGCCUGCAGCUGGUGCAUCAGCUGAAGGGGCUGAUCGUGCUGCUCUACAGCGUCGUUGUGGUCGUGGGGCUGGUGGGCAACUGCCUGCUGGUGCUGGUGAUCGCGCGGGUGCGCCGGCUGCACAACGUGACCAACUUCCUCAUCGGUAACCUCGCCUUGUCCGACGUGCUCAUGUGCGCCGCCUGCGUGCCGCUCACGCUGGCCUACGCCUUCGAGCCACGCGGCUGGGUGUUCGGCGGCGGCCUGUGCCACCUGGUCUUCUUCCUGCAGCCGGUCACCGUCUACGUGUCGGUGUUCACGCUCACCACCAUCGCAGUAGACCGCUACGUCGUGCUGGUGCACCCGCUGCGGCGGCGCAUCUCGCUGCGCCUCAGCGCCUACGCGGUGCUGGCCAUCUGGGCGCUGUCCGCGGUGCUGGCGCUGCCUGCUGCCAUGCACACUUAUCACGUGGAGCUCAAGCCACACGACGUGCGCCUCUGCGAGGAGUUCUGGGGUUCCCAGGAGCGCCAGCGCCAGCUCUACGCCUGGGGGCUGCUGCUGGUCACCUAUCUGCUCCCUCUGCUGGUCAUCCUCCUCUCAUACGUCCGGGUGUCCGUGAAGCUCCGCAACCGCGUGGUGCCCGGCUGCGUGACCCAGAGCCAGGCCGACUGGGACCGCGCGCGGCGCCGGCGCACCUUCUGCUUGCUGGUAGUGGUCGUGGUGGUGUUCGCCGUCUGCUGGCUGCCGCUACACAUCUUCAACCUGCUGCGGGACCUCGACCCGCGCGCCAUCGACCCCUACGCGUUUGGGCUGGUGCAGCUGCUCUGCCACUGGCUCGCCAUGAGCUCGGCCUGCUACAACCCCUUCAUCUACGCCUGGCUGCACGACAGCUUCCGCGAGGAGCUGCGCAAACUGUUGCUCGCUUGGCCACGCAAGAUCGCGCCCCAUGGCCAGAAUAUGACUGUCAGCGUGGUCAUCUGAUGCCACUUAGCCAGGCCUUGGUCAAGGAGCUGCAUUUCCACUGGCCUCCGAGGGCACCACUCGAGGUCAACCUGGAGAGCUUAUUCUCAGCACCAGAGCUAGCAAAGCCAACAGAGGGCAACAUUUCCAGCCCAGCCCUCUUGUCCGGCUGUCUGUCUUGUCCUUGUGUCUUUGUAAAAUGUUAAGUGGGCUUUGGUGAGAGUCUUGCUCUUUGCUUGGGGGUAAGCCAGAGAGAGGGAAGAGGAUUUAUUAUUUCUUCUUUAUGCCCUUGAAGGACAAACAAAAACUUUUUCUCCAUGUUCAGAAAAGUAUUUCAGAACCAUGAUUGCCUUCCUGGCAUCCCCUCCUCCUGCUCAUUGGUGAAAUGCACAGUGUGAAUGGGAUUUAAAAGAAAUGCGUUGGGCUUGGUAAAGAUUUUCAGUUUGCCUUCAGAAAAAGGACUCAGCUGAGAGGAUCCUGAUAUUGCUUAGUGCAUUUGAACCCUUGCAUUUCUAGAAUUUCAGGUAAAUAUGUAUUAAAAAUCUACGUCUAGGAUUUCAGCAUUUCCUGAAUAAGACCUUUAUAUGCCCAAAGGGUCCUUUUAAAACCACUUGAGUUUAUAGUACAAAAACACCUACAAGCUCCCUUUAGAAAGGUCUUGCUUUUGUUUCUCCCCUUUCCUCCCCAACUACUAUCUAAAAAUUUUGAGACGAAUUAGUCAAUGAAGAGAUAGAUAAAAACAGAUAAAGAGGAAAAGGUCCAAUUCACUUAAGAGGGCAUUUAAUUGUACAUAAGGACAGACAUCCUCUGUGUAUGUGUGUUUGUGUAUGUG